GGGGUCACCGGCGGCAGCGCCGCCGGAGGGCGGGGGGUGGGGGGGGGCAGUGUGGUUUUGGGUCGGCUAGGUGGCGGGCCCUGCCCCCGAGAGGGAGAAGCGGCAACUCCGGGGGCCGGCGCCUGGGCUUUGCUGCGGUCUGGGAGGCCGCCGCGGGCCCCUUCUGGAGGCCGUCCGCGUGCAUGGUGAUCUGGGACGCUGCCGCCAUCAUCUUCUCCUCCUCCUCCUCCGCCUCCUCCUCUUCUUUCUCCUCCUCCUCCUCCUCCUGGGCCGGGCAGAUCCCCUCCCCACGGCCGCCUCCUCCUGGGCUGGGCCGGCGGUGCCUCGUCCCCUCCCUGAGCCGUUCCUGCAGCCGCCGCCGCCUCCUCCUCCUCAUUCAUCCUCGUGCACCAUAGGCGGCACAGGUUCCAAGAUGUCCAACCGAGUGGUCUGCCGGGAAGCCAGUCACGCCGGGAGCUGGUAUACAGCCUCAGGUCCUCAACUGAAUGCACAAUUAGAAGGUUGGCUUUCCCAAGUACAGUCCACAAAAAGACCUGCUAGAGCCAUUAUUGCCCCCCACGCAGGAUAUACUUACUGUGGGUCUUGUGCUGCUCAUGCUUACAAACAAGUGGAUCCAUCUAUUACCCGGAGAAUAUUCAUUCUUGGGCCUUCUCAUCAUGUGCCCCUAUCUCGAUGUGCACUUUCCAGUGUGGAUAUAUAUAGAACACCUUUGUAUGAUCUUCGUAUUGAUCAAAAGAUUUAUGGAGAGCUAUGGAAGACAGGAAUGUUUGAGCGCAUGUCUCUGCAAACAGAUGAAGAUGAACACAGUAUUGAAAUGCAUUUGCCUUAUACUGCUAAAGCCAUGGAAAGCCAUAAGGAUGAGUUUACCAUUAUUCCUGUAUUGGUUGGAGCUCUGAGUGAGUCAAAAGAACAGGAAUUCGGAAAACUCUUCAGUAAAUAUCUAGCGGAUCCUAGUAAUCUCUUUGUGGUUUCUUCUGAUUUCUGCCAUUGGGGUCAAAGGUUCCGUUACAGUUACUAUGAUGAGUCCCAGGGGGAGAUUUAUAGAUCCAUUGAACAUCUAGAUAAAAUGGGCAUGAGCAUUAUAGAACAACUAGACCCUGUAUCUUUUAGCAAUUACUUGAAGAAAUAUCAUAAUACAAUAUGUGGAAGACAUCCCAUUGGUGUGUUAUUAAAUGCUAUCACAGAGCUACAGAAGAAUGGAAUGAAUAUGAGCUUUUCAUUUUUGAAUUAUGCCCAGUCAAGCCAGUGUAGAAACUGGCAAGACAGUUCAGUGAGUUAUGCAGCUGGAGCACUAACAGUCCACUGAAGCUCUGAAUACUCAGGGAUACCACCUGCACAUACUCAUACUCUAAACGGGGUCCCAGCCUAGCCCUUACAAAGAUACAGUUCCUGGUCUUUGGGGAUACUGAAACCUCAAAAUUAAUAGAACUUUCUUCUCUUCUUUUCUAGUAGGUGUAGUCCUUCCUUAAUUUCAACUCAUUAUAAAAUGCUUUCUUGUUUAGGACAAUGGAAGGAAGGAAGGAAGGAAGGAAGAAUGGCAUCAAAAUAUUUUAUGAUUUAAAAAAGUGAUGAUGGAUGUAAAGUCAAGGUGGCAGAUGUUCCUUCAAAUAAAACCUGUAAAGCAUUUACCAUAUUCUAAAUUUGCACUCUUUGCAGACCUGUGCACAUAUAUUCAGCUUUCAGAAUAGUUUUGCAAAUUGUAAACAAACAAAAAAGGGUGGAAGCUUUUUAAUAAUGAAAAUUGCAUUUAUAAAUGAUCUGUAUUAGAAUAUAAUAAAUCUCCAGUAUAGUCAACUACUACCCGUGUUGUACAACAGAUACCUUCUAUUUUAGUUGCUAAUAAAGGGCUACACAACUCAAA